AUCAACCCAUCUUACCCAAAUUUAGGCAGAAAGUUAUGGGGCUUUUACUGCUCACUUAAUAUUUUUCUGGCUAGAUUACUGGAGUUGGGGUUUCAUCAAGUUUGGUUCUUUUGCAUUGUGUUGUGAGAUUUGGCCCUGAUGGCAGAUGUAGCUAAGGACCUUGCUUCUGGGACUGUCGGAGGAGCAGCUCAGUUGAUUGUUGGACACCCCUUCGAUACCAUUAAGGUCAAGCUUCAAAGCCAGCCUGCUCCUCUUCUUGGACAACCACCAAAGUAUGCUGGUGCUAUGGAUGCUGUCAGGCAAACUUUAGCUGCUGAAGGUCCAAGGGGUCUCUACAAAGGUAUGGGGGCUCCACUUGCCACUGUGGCAGCCUUCAAUGCUCUCCUAUUUGCAGUGAGAGGGCAAAUGGAGGCACUGUUGAGAUCUCAACCCGGUGCUCCCCUCACAGUUAACCAGCAGAUCAUUUGUGGGGCUGGAGCUGGAGUAGCAGUUUCCUUCCUAGCUUGCCCCACUGAGCUGAUCAAAUGCAGAUUGCAAGCUCAAAGUGCAUUGUUAGGUUCUGGCACAGGUGCUGUGGCAGUUAUGUACGGAGGGCCUCUUGAUGUGGCCAAGCACGUUCUCAGAUCGGAAGGUGGCAGUAGAGGUCUAUUCAAGGGCAUGGUUCCCACCUUGGCACGUGAGGUUCCUGGAAAUGCUGUCAUGUUUGGUGUCUAUGAAGCAGUGAAACAAUUCAUGGCUGGAGGGCAGGACACUUCCAAGUUGGGAAGAGGCUCUCUAAUUAUAGCUGGAGGCUUGGCUGGGGCUUCCGUCUGGCUUUCUGUCUACCCAACUGACAUUGUUAAGAGUGUGAUCCAGAUAGACGACUACAAGAAUCCAAAAUUCUCUGGCUCCAUUGAUGCCUUCAGAAAGAUCCUAGCCUCAGAAGGUGUGAAAGGCCUCUACAAGGGUUUCGGCCCUGCCCUGGCCCGAAGUAUCCCAGCCAAUGCAGCAUGCUUCCUGGCAUAUGAGAUGACAAGAUCUAGUUUGGGAUGAAGGAUAGGGGUGUUGGAUCCACAGAUUAAGUGUAGAUGUGGUGGCUAUGUUAUGUCAUUGGUCUCCUAUAUAUUCUUAUUUUAUUUGUCUCAUUACUCAUAAUGAAAAAAAUAUAGAAUAGUAAAUUAA